AUGGAGACCGUCCGGGACUCAGCCUUCGGGAAACUGGUGCGCAUCUUCAGUGGUCGAAGAUGGCUACGCUACCCCGAGGAGAUCGACACAGGGAUGUGGACCGAGUAUCUGAGAACAGAGAAGCAGGUCAAGGAUGAAGAAGCGGCGGUCUCGGACAGCGACCAGGAGAACCUGGGUCUUUAUACUGUCCUGUCGCAGGCAUCAAGGUCAUCACGUCGCGUGUCGUCUUCAUCGACGGUUCGGAAUGAGGGGGCAGACCGGGUUGAUUCCAGAGCUGAAAUGGUCAUUGACUGGCGAGGACCGGAUGAUCCCGAGAAUCCGCAAAACUGGAGCACGUUCAAGAAACUGGGCGUCAGCAGCCUGAUCUGGCUGCUCACCUUCUCCAUCUACAUCGGUUCGGCCAUCUACACCCCUGGCAUCACGGGUGUUUGCGAGCAAUUCGGGGUGAGCGAAGUGGCUGCGACGCUGGGACUGACCCUUUUCGUGCUGGGAUAUGGCCUGGGUCCUAUGGUCUGGUCUCCCCUGUCGGAACUACCUGCGAUCGGCCGAAGCCCUACCUACGUCCUGACCCUGUUUGUCUUCGUGUUCCUCGAAUUCGCCGUCAUCUACGCCACCAACUUCGGAAUGCUCCUCGCCUUUCGCUUUCUGACCGGCUUCAUCGGCUCGCCCGCCCUGGCCACUGGUGCCGCCUCCAUGGGCGACAUCUGGAACCCCAGGCUGCGCGACUACAUGAUCAUCAUCUGGGGGGCAUUUGCCAUUUCGGCGCCCGUCCUGGGUCCGCUCGUCGGCGGGUUCGCCGCCCAAGCCGAAGGCUGGAAAUGGACCAUCUGGCAGCUCCUCUGGGUUUCCGCGUUCGCCUUCGUCCUCCUCUUCUUCCUCCUCCCGGAGACCUACGCGCCCAACAUCCUCUACCGACGAGCCCGACGCAUCCGCAAGAUCACCGGCAACUCGAGCUACAAAUGCGAAGCCGAGAUCGAGAUCUCCCACGUCAAGCCCAAGGACGUCCUCUUCGAAGCCCUCAUCCGGCCCUUCCAACUCUGCUUCCUCGAACCCAUCGUCUUCAUCAUGAACCUCUACAUCGCCCUAAUCUACGGCAUCCUAUACAUCUGGUUCGAAGCCUUCCCCAUCGUCUUCAGCGAAAUCCACGGCUUCAACACCGGCGAAAGCGGCCUCGCCUUCCUCGGCAUCCUCGUCUCCACCUGCUGCAUCACCAUCCCGUGCUACUUCUACUGGAAAUACAAAUACCAAUCCAAGCACUUCGACGAGAACUGGAACAUCGCCCCGGAGAUGCAACUGCCCCCAGCCUGCGUCGGCUGCUUCGCCCUCCCCAUCUCCCUCUUCUGGUUCGGCUGGACCGGCCAGUUCGCCUCCGUGCACUGGAUCGUCCCCAUCAUCGCGUCGAUGUUUUUUGCUGUUGGUGGCUGUCUCAUCUUCAACUGUAUCUUCUGUUACCAGGCCCAUGCGUAUCCGAAGUUCGCGGCGUCCGUGCUUGCCGGAAAUGACUUCUUGAGAUCCUCGUUCGGGGCUGGGUUUCCGUUGUUUGCGUCCGCCAUGUUUCAUAAUCUGGGGGUCGGGUGGGCGUUUUGGGAAGAGGUUGAGGCUGGCGAGUAA